CGUCUUGACCCCCCACUCUCCGAGUGCCAAGUGGCCCAGUGAGCCCAAUCUCUCUAACGGUCAGUAGUAGAGUAUCGCCCCGGCGGACGGUUGCGGCAGCCCCCUGGCUCGGAUAUUUCUCUUUUUUUUCUGGAUUUUACACAUCACAGAUAAAUUCCGGGAUGCCUUCAAACAAAAACACCCAAGGGGGUAAAACCUUUGGACUCUUGAAGGAGCAGCAGAGGCAAAAACUGGAAGAAAUAAACCAGGAAUACCUGGAAGACCAGAAAUACAGGGAUGAAGAAGACCUGGCCGAGAAAUUGGAAAGUCUCAAAAAUAAAUAUGCCGAGUUUGACCUGAACGACCAAGGAGAGAUUGAUCUGAUGGGUCUGAAGCGGAUGAUGGAGAAGCUGGGGGUGCCCAAGACCCACUUGGAGUUGAAAAAAAUGAUCGUGGAGGUGACGGGGGGCAGCAGCAACGCCAUCAACUACAGGGACUUUGUCAAGAUGAUGCUGGGCAAGCGCUCAGCAGUACUCAAACUUGUCUUAAUCUUUGAGGACAAAGCCAACGGCGCCCCCUGCAAACCAGAAGGACCUCCUCCGAAGCGGGACAUCGCUAGCCUGCCUUAAGCGCCAAACUGUCGGCGGAGCAGAGGGACCAGCGGUGGAUUUUGCGUGACACUGAGUCAUUCUCUUAACAUGUGGAGUUUUGUAUUAGUGUGGGACCAGUGAUUCAGGGUGUUAUUUUGUGAUAUACGGUGUGUGCAAGGUGUCUGUUAUUUUUGGAAGAAGCCCCACAACUCACUAAAAUGAUGUUGGACUGUGAAUAUUAUCAUUCAUUCUUUUAUUUCCCUUAAUUAUAAUAAUGUAGCAACGAUAGUCGAUAUGUGUAACCUGCGUCAUUAAUUACAUUUUGUACUAAGUGUUUCAUGGUUAUUUUUUUAAGGGAAGACUCACGAUUCUCCAGAGGUGGUUAUCCUUCCUUGUUUCUUUUUUUUUUUCUUUUUUUGGACACGUUCAUAUUAAUGUGAGAGUAGGACACUUUUGGAGAAGCACAAGGAAACUAAGCAGUUUUUUUCCAGCACAUUUUUGCACUGUCCUCAGUGGUCUUGGAUGGAUUCCUGCCAGGCUAAUCUUGGUCAGCUUCUCGCUUUUUAGAUCAGGUGCCAGAGAUUACAGGCCCGGGCCAUUUCCUCUUAGUCAAAAAAAAAAAAAAAAUCAUCCGCCCCUGGAGCUGGAAUACUGAUCUGGAAUCAGUAACAUUAUCAUGGCCGCCUCAUGAUCUGAAAUCUUUUUUUUUUAUAUAAAUAUAUAUGUAGAUGUCUGUACUGCUAUGAAUAUUCACUCCCACUAGUUGAGAGAAGAAUAAGAGAUCAUGUUGACCGUGGGACUUUUGUUUUUUUGUUUGUUUUUUUUUUUUUUUUAGUGCGUGGCUUGAGGAACAGCAACUCAGUCUUUAGAUCUGUAAGGUUAAAGCACAUGUUAGUUUUGGAAGGAGUGUGAUUUACAGGCACACAGCGAGCAUCACAAAUGUACAUAGUAUACUCCACACAGUACAAUCAUAUUCUUUCCAAGUGCCUCAACAUGCAGAUACUGUAGAGCUAAAACACGCAGAUUGGAGGGUGGAGGAGAAAGUUCCGUGCAAGCAGUCCUCUUAGCUCACUUAUUCCUGAAAACGUUGAAAUAAUGUUUCUUUGUUAUUUGGUGAGAUAGUUUUAAUGAUGUUUGUCGAGUUAUAUUGAUAUGGUGUUUCAAAACUAGUUGCAGUGUUUGUUUUCCCUUCACCUACAGUUACUUUGUUUUAUUUUUUUUAUUUACAUCACAGCAAAUGUUUAAAAAAAAAACUGUAUACGUUCUUAAACUUGUCUCGCAAUUCAUACGUGUGUUAUGAUUUGUAGCCGGCCAUCCCGCUCUGUUAAACAACGGUUCAUCGUCCUGUGAAUUCUGUAUUUUGUGCCUCAGUAUUUGUCUCUCCACUUUUUAAAUUUUUUCCUCUAUCUCACACCAUUUACUGUGAAUUUGGUACGUAGUAUUUUUAACCCCCGAUUAACAUGCUAUGAACUAUGUUAUCUUGUUUUUCCGUCUGACAGGUUUGUUCCAUCUUUCCACGUUGUUAAGAUGCACAUUGUUUGCAGACACCAAAGGAAUUAAAAAUUCUUUACACUGGCCGGUUACGUUUUUUUUGGAGUUGUUUUUAUCGCAGUAAUUGGAGAUGUGUCUUGUUAAACUGCUGACUGGUUUUUGAGUUUGGGUGAAAAAUGAAAAUCGUGGUUAAAUAUCUUUUUUUAAAAUUUCACUACUAAACACCAGUGUUUUGUCAGAGCUCAUUUCCCACUGCUAUGAUGUGCUACAGUCAGAGAGACGUCCAGUCAUGAAUGCAGUAAUGCUGCCAUCAGGCUCGGGCUCUCACUGCACCACAGUACUGACAGAUUCAUCUUCCACUUCAGUCACAUAACUGGUGUGUGGGAAUCUGUGUGUUUCAUUGUUAUGAUGCUUUCAUUCCAUAUUUCCUUUCCCACCCACUUUCCAUGUUGCUUGUUGUACGUGCAGAUGUGUGCAUACAUACUCUCGAGCAAUAAAAAAAAUGUUUUCAUGAAAAAAGGA